CUCGACAGCGGGCAUCGGGUCACCAGGCAUCAGGUCAUUUGGCUCGACAGCGGGCACGGGUCAUCUGGCGCUGGAUCGUCUGGCUCGACAGCGGGCAUCGGGUCACCAGGCAUGACAGCGGGCACUGGGUCAUCAGGCAUUGGAUUGUCUGGCUCGACAGCGGGCAUCGGGUCACCAGGUAUGACAGCAGGCAUCAGGUCAUUUGGCUCGCCAGCGGGCACUGGUCAUCUGGCAGGCAGUGGGCACGGAGUCACCAGGCACGACAGUGGGCUCCGGGUCAACUGGCAUGACAGCGGGCACUGGGUCAUCAGACAUUGGAUGUCUGGCUCGACAGCGGGCAUCGGGUCAGGCAUCAGGUCAUGGCUCGACAGCGGGCACCGGGUCAUCUGGCACUGGAUCGUCUGGAUCGUCUGGCUCGACAGCGGGCAUCGGGUCACCAGGUAUGACAGCGGGCAUUGGGUCAUCAGGCACGGCAGGCUCACCGGUUUGGAUACUGGCAGGAUGGUACUGGUUGGAAAG